UAGAAAAUUAAAAAAAUAGGAGAAACCAAAGAAAAGUCGCGACCUGCUGUAAUUCUCCCUCUUCGACGGCCCUUCCUUUGCCAAAUACUCCUUUUCUACCUCUCUUUCUCUCUCUCUCUCUAGAUCACAGUCCUCCAUUGUCGACCUCUACAAAAUCCUCCAUUAUUCUGCACUUCAAACCUCCAAUUUUCUUCCUUUUUUCUCUCUCCUCCAUACACUCUACUACGAUCCUUAUAGAGGAGAGAGAAAUCCUUUAUUUUUCUCAGAUUAGUUUCUCUACUCUCUCUCCUCUUUGGAUCUGACUAGCUAUGGCGCUUUCCGGCAUGAGAGGUCUUUCUGUUUUCAUAAGCGACAUUCGGAAUUGUCAGAAUAAAGAACAAGAACGUUUGAGGAUCGAUAAGGAACUCGGUAAUAUUCGUAACAAAUUCAAAAAUGAUAAGGGUUUAUCUCCAUAUGAGAAAAAGAAAUACGUUUGGAAAAUGCUAUACAUAUUUAUGCUUGGUUAUGAUGUUGAUUUUGGUCAUAUGGAAACUGUUUCUUUGAUAUCUGCACCAAAGUAUCCAGAGAAGCAGGUUGGUUAUAUUGUGACGGCUUGUUUACUCAACGAGAAUCAUGAUUUCUUACGGCUAGCAAUAAAUACCGUGCGCAAUGAUAUUAUUGGACGUAAUGAAACUUUCCAAUGCCUUGCCCUGACAUUGGUUGGUAAUAUUGGUGGAAGGGAGUUUGCAGAAUCGUUAGCGCCUGAUGUACAGAAGCUACUGAUGUCAAGCAGUUGCAGGCCUUUGGUGAGAAAGAAAGCUGCUCUAUGCCUUCUUCGUUUGUAUAGGAAAAAUCCAGAUGUUGUGAAUGUAGAUGGCUGGUCAGACCGAAUGACACAGCUUUUAGAUGAACGUGAUUUGGGUGUUCUAACAUCUGCUAUGAGCCUGCUGGUUGCUUUAGUAUCCAAUAACCAUGAUGCAUACUGGAGUUGUGUUCCUAAAUGUGUGAAAAUUCUGGAAAGACUGGCUAGAAAUCAGGAUGUUCCUCAAGAGUACACAUAUUAUGGCAUUCCAUCACCGUGGCUUCAGGUUAAGGCUAUGAGGGCCCUUCAAUAUUUUCCUACUAUUGAGGAUCCCAAUACCCGGAGAUCAUUGUUUGAGGUUUUGCAACGCAUAUUAAUGGGAACAGAUGUUGUUAAAAACGUAAACAAGAACAAUGCUUCGCAUGCUGUUCUUUUUGAAGCUCUUGCCCUUGUUAUGCAUCUUGAUGCUGAAAAGGAAAUGAUGUCUCAAUGUGUUGCUCUGCUCGGGAAGUUUAUUGCCGUUCGUGAGCCAAACAUACGAUACCUUGGUUUGGAAAAUAUGACUCGGAUGUUGAUGGUCACUGAUGUGCAGGACAUCAUAAAAAGGCAUCAAGCUCAGAUAAUCACCUCACUUAAGGAUCCUGAUAUCAGUAUUCGGAGGCGUGCUCUUGAUUUGCUUUAUGGAAUGUGUGAUGUUUCAAAUGCAAAGGAUAUUGUUGAGGAAUUAUUACAGUAUCUUAGUACAGCGGAAUUUGCAAUGCGAGAAGAAUUGUCCCUUAAAGCUGCCAUACUUGCAGAGAAGUUUGCGCCUGAUUUGUCAUGGUAUGUGGAUGUUAUCCUUCAAUUGAUUGAUAAAGCAGGUGAUUUUGUUAGUGAUGACAUAUGGUUUCGUGUGGUACAAUUUGUUACAAACAAUGAAGACUUGCAACCUUAUGCUGCAGUGAAGGCCAGAGAGUAUCUUGACAAACCUGCUAUACACGAGACGAUGGUUAAGGUUAGUGCUUAUAUACUUGGAGAGUUUGGCCACCUGUUGGCUAGAAGACCUGGUUGCAGCCCCAAGGAACUUUUUGGCCUUAUCCAUGAGAAGCUUCCGACAGUAUCAACUUCUACUAUUCCUAUAUUGCUAUCAACAUAUGCUAAGAUUUUGAUGCAUGCUGAACCUCAAGAUGCGGAAUUGCAGAAUUUAAUUUGGUCAGUGUUCCACAAAUAUGAGAGUUGCAUUGAUGCAGAGAUACAACAACGUGCUGUAGAGUAUUUAGCUUUGAGUAACAAAGGUGCUGCUUUGGUGGAUAUAUUGGCCGAAAUGCCAAAGUUCCCUGAGCGACAGUCUGCUCUAAUAAAAAAAGCGGAAGAUGCUGAAGUUGAUACUGCUGAGCAAAGUGCUAUCAAGUUACGAACGCAACAGCAGACUUCAAAUGCCCUUGUUGUUACUGACCAACUGCCAACCAAUGGAACUCCUUCAGUUGGACCUCUUACCCUUGUGAAAAUGCCUAGCAUGAGCACUAAUGCGGACCAUCAAGGUACACAAAGAGAAUUACCUCAAUCAAAUGGAACUAUGAGUGAAAUGGAUACGCAACAGGCUGCUCCAUCUUCAGAUCUUCUUGGAGAUCUUUUGGGUCCUCUUGCUAUUGAGGGUCCUCCUGGUGUGGCCGUGCAAUCAGAGCAAGGAUUGGUACCAGGAGCUGAAGGUGCUUCAACUGCGAUGGAUGCUUUGGCACUUGCACCAGUAGACGAGCAAACUAAUGCUGUGCAGCCCAUAGGAAAUAUUGCGGAACGUUUUCAAAAUUUGUGUCUCAAGGAUAGUGGUGUGCUAUAUGAGGAUCCUAACAUUCAGAUUGGAAUCAAAGCGGAAUGGCGAGCCCAUCAUGGGCGCAUGGUCCUUUUCUUAGGAAACAAGAACACUGCACCACUUGAUUCAGUUCAAGCUCUAAUCUUACCUCCUGCCUAUCUGAAAAUGGAACUUUCACUGGUACCUGAGACAAUACCUCCACGGGCACAGGUGCAAUGUCCACUUGAACUUGUAAAUCUGCGUCCAAGUAGAGAUGUUGCUGUGCUUGACUUCUCAUAUAAGUUUGCAACCUCCAUGGUGAAUGUAAAGCUUCGUCUUCCUGCUGUCCUGAACAAAUUUUUGCAGCCCAUAUCUGUGACUGCAGAAGAAUUUUUCCCUCAAUGGCGAUCACUUUCAGGACCACCUUUGAAGCUCCAGGAAGUGGUUAGAGGUGUUAGACCUAUGCCAUUAUUAGAGAUGGCAAAUCUGUUCAAUAUGUAUCACUUGAUGGUUUGUCCUGCACUUGAUCCAAAUCCUAAUAAUUUAGUGGCAUGUGCAACGUUUUGUUCAGAAGGCACUAGGGCCAUGCUAUGCUUGAUAAGAAUAGAAACAGAUCCAGCAGACAGAAGUCAGCUACGAAUGACAAUUGCAACUGGAGAUCCUGCUCUGACUUUUGAGCUGAAAGAAUUUGUCAAAGAACUACUCGUUCCCCUCCCAGCAACACCAGCUCCUCCAGCACCUGCUCAGUCUACUAGCCCCAUAUCAGCAUUGACAGAUCCUGGAGCUAUGCUUGCUGGUUUGCUGUGAAAUGGAUGUAGUUUAUAUGUUUAGUUGAUCUCUUUGUUAAUAUACUUGUACAAUUGAUUUACAGCUAAGCCCAUUUCUACUUAUCGAGCAAAGAGAUGAUGCUUAACUCACGCCUGGGCUGGCUGAAGUAAGAAUGAGGUAACUUGUGAUAAGCUGCAUCCUUGGCUAUAGAAGGGGUGAGUGGGGCAUGCAGGAUAGGUAUAUUCUUUCACAAUUUCGAGGUUCAUUGCGAGAUUUCUUUCGGCUUAGUAUUCUCCCUCUUGAUUUUGUUUUCUUAUUUCUCUGCUUAGGAUGAAUUUAUUGGUGUUGGUUCUUGUAAUAUUUGUAGUGAUAGCCUGUAAAAGUGCAUUGCAUUCUCUAUUUUUCUUAUCCCUUAAUUUUUCGGGUGAAAAGGGUUUUGUAAGUGGGAAAAGAGUGAAUUAGAAUGAAUAUUUUUCAUUAAACGUUGUCGAGCAUAAAGUUGUAUCCAGUAAAAUACAACAUUGUUGGUAUUAUAUUGUUUGGUAUUGUAGAUGAACCUUAUAAGGAUGAGUUCAUUAACCAAUUCUAUGGUGCAAAAAAUGAAGCCUUUUCGACAACCAUCUUUGUUGUAACCCCAAUGGUCUAAACAAAAACGACAUAAUACAGAUGGCAAAAUCAAAAGGAAUGAACAUAAUUUGUGGGGUUGAAGGAACUAUGAGAUGCGUUAAUAUAACUAAGUCUAUUUGGGUUUAAUAUAACCAAGUCUAUUUUUCUAAUUUAUUACUUCAAGGCUUUUAUUGAUCGAUUAAGACUAUAUAGACUUAAUAUUUUAAGUUUAUAAUUUGUCAUAGUAAAUUGUAAUUGACCAU